AUGGCUUACAUUGCUUACAAAGACAUUGUUCCUAUUGGAACUGGACUCAUCAUCGCAGCUACUUCUUUUGGGUUGGGUGUUAUCUACGGUAAUGCUCCUUACGAUCAGGCUACUCUCUUCCAGUACGACCCUAGUGGUCAGAAUUUCGAAAGAUCCUUGGCCCACUACAUUCUCUGGGCUAACACCCCUAUGUAUGUCCAUUAUGUCUUACACGGAGUGUUCGUCUUGGGACUUAUUGGAUGUUUCAUCAAGUUGUACAAGCCAAACGAUGAGGCUACCUAUUUCGAAUACGGAACUUUGGGAUUAUACGUGUUAUCAUUUAUUAUCUACUUGACCAACUUGAGAACCGGUGUCAAUUCAUGUCUCUAUGAUAGUUGGGGUGAAGUCGAUAUGCCUACAGGGAUCAAUGUGAUGGCUGCAUCUCAAAUUAUGAUUGUUUUGGUUUUGGUUGGUGUUUUGACUAUGCAAGGUGGUUUGUACUAUGCCACUUGGUACGAUGAAAAGAUCAAGAAAGAGUUUUUAGAGCAAGAAGCUGCGUUUGAACAGAAGAGAGCUGAAGCUGCUGCUAGCGCUCCCGCCCCAACCAAGACCAAGGCUGCGAAGGCCGAACCUGUGGAGCCAGUUGCUGCAACUAAGGCCACUGGUGCUGCUAAGAGCAAGACAUCGACCGUGAAAAAGACCAAGAAAACGAAAUAG